UCGAUUGCGGUGAACAUGGUGGCUUACUUUGUUUUCGAAAUGAAAAAAUCACUUCCGGACUCUGCUACCAUUGUCACUGAUUGGAUCGGAGCUGCUUAUGUUCUCACAAUCUUUGGAGCUUUUAUAGCCGACGCUUUCUUGGGCCGCUUCAAAACCAUCAUGGUCUUCUCUUGCAUUUACGCCCUGGGAAUGGUGUUGUUGACGCUAUCAGCAUCAGUGGAUAGUCUACGUCCGCCACCAUGCACGGCGCGGCCAUGCACCAAGGCAACGUCGAGCCAGAAUAACUUCUUGUAUGCCGCGCUAGCACUGAUAGCCCUUGGAACUGGGGGAAUCAAGCCCUGUGUCUCGACGUUUGGGGCUGACCAAUUUGACGAGGCUGAUAGCGAAGAAGUCCAGAAGAAAUACGCCUUCUUCAAUUGGUUCUUCUUCUCAAUCAACAUGGGAGCACUCUUGGCCAUUACAGUUCUGGUUUACAUUCAAGACAGGUUCGGCUGGGUUUGGGGGUUUGGAAUUCCAACUGGGUUCGUUUUCUGCUCCAUUGUCAUCAUGGCUAUUGGGCUUCAAUAUUAUCGAUAUCAAAAGCCCAUGGGAAGCCCUUUCACUCGGUUUCUCCAGGUCCUUGUGGCCGCUUUGAGGAACCAUUAUAGAGGAGUAGAGGUGGGCCGUAGAGCUGAGCUGUAUGAGGUUGAGACCAAGGAGUCUGAUAUCAUUGGUGCCCGAAAACUAAGUCAUACCACACAGUACAGGUUUCUGGACAAGGCAGCCGUGGUCACUGAGCCAGAUAGUGACCUGAAAAAUCGAUGGAGGAUUGUGACAGUGACACAAGUUGAAGAAAUGAAAUGCUUCGUGAGAAUACUUCCCAUAUGGUUAGCGACGAUAGCACUUUCAAUCUCAUUCGCUCAAUUCUCAACCUUCUUUAUCAGCCAAGCGACGAUCAUGGACCGCAAGCUUGGUCCCAACUUCAAGAUUCCUGCGGGCUCGGUCCCAGUGUUCAGUGCGAUCAACGCCCUCAUUCUCGUUCCAAUAUACGAGAAAUUUAUAAUCCCAGUUCUUCGAAACCGAACCGGUCAUCGUCGCGGCAUCACAUCUCUUCAGCGAAUGGGAGUAGGCCUAUCAUUCUCAAUCGUAGCAAUGGCCUCCGCAGCAGUCAUCGAACAUAAGCGCCGCACCGAAACGAAUACUGUUUUUAGUGUCUUUUGGUUAUUUCCUCAGUUCUUUUUGAUGGGAACUGCCGAGGUUUUCACCUACGUAGGGCAACUUGAGUUUUUCUACGACGAAGCAACUGAUGGCACGAGGAGCAUUAGUAGUGCAAUUUUCUUGAGUGAGAUUGGGUUAGGGAGUUGGCUUAGUACGGCCUUAGUUAAGAUCAUUAACCGAGCCACGGGUGGGGAAGAAAAGGGUUGGCUUAGAAAUAAUCUUAAUAAUAGUAAGCUUGACUAUUUUUAUUGGGUUUUGACUGCUAUUAAUGUAGUUAAUUUCUUUGUGUAUGUUUUCGUGGCUCGACAUUACAAAGGGAGGGAUGGUUCAAGUGGGUUGAAUAGUGUGAGAAACGAGGAUUUAGUUGAGAGUAGUAGUGAGGCUAUUGGUAAGGUUGGAGACUUGACUAUGAUUGAAUUUGGAGAAAGUGGUAAAAAAUAGUAGUCUUUCAUUUUUGGGACGUGAAAAUCUCAUCAUUUUAUUGUAUUGCAA